AUGUUUAGCAAGUUCAAGGACUCCUUCAAUGCUGGACUCGCACAGGCAGGUGUGGAUGCCGCGCGACGCAACCAGUCUCCGCGAAAUAGCACAUCUACAGAUAGGCCUUCACCCGCUACGGUAGCUGCUCCUGCAAAGAAUACAGCAUCAGACAAUAAGAAGGAGGAUGGAUCGUUUGAGGAGAAUCUCGAUGCUGAUUCUGAGGCAGAGGAAGAAGAGACAGCCCCGGCCAAGGCGGAUACACCUGCUGCAACGACCGGCUCGGCGCGCACCAGUGUAGAUGAUGCAUCGCGUGCUCCCGCAGCACCCGCAGACUUGCGUAAGAAGCUACGCAAGCUAGACAAAUACGAGGAGAAGUAUCCAGAGCUUUUGACGGCGUAUCGCGCUUUGCAGCAGCAACAGCAACAAACCAUUCAAUUCGAGCAAGUUUUGAGAGACUUGACGCCUGCAACAACGGUUGCUGAUGUAGAGGCCUUUCAGCAAUGGGCUGGCAACUUUGCAUUGAAGACAGAGAUGUCUAUGGAAGAGCUGCGUCGCGUUUCUGCGGAAUUGCAAGAGGCAAAGAAGGCACAGAGUACGGCAGAGGAGCGUUGCAAGGUGCUUGAGGAAUCUGGCAAGACGUCUGUCAAUGAUAUGGUGUCGGACAAUCGAGUUUCGGAAUUGGAGACGCAACUUGGGCAAGAGAAGGAAGCAGAAGCUAAGCUCAAGGCCCGCAUUGAUAUGCUCGAAGCAGCUCAAGCCCGUGCCGCCCAGGAACGCGAAGAAGCCGUUUCAGCAGUGACUGAAGAAUUAACAGCGACACGCAAGCAAGUUGUCGAGCUCAAGGUAGCCCUUGCACAAGCGUUGCGUCAACAAGCAUCUACAACGCAAGCAUCCGCAACGCCCGCACCGUCUACAGUGGAUGAACCUGAAGCAGAGACACCCUUACAGGAUGGUCCACUCAGCAAGAGUCAAAAGAAGCGUCGCAACAAGAAGAAGGGCGGUGCUGGCGCUGCUGAUGACAACACUAAAGUCACCGAGACCAUCUCACAUCCGCCGCCACAGCCUGCUGCUACUACAAAUGAAUCAGCGACACAACUCAGAGAGGCUCGCGAUGCGCUGCAGGUCCAGCUCGAUCGCUUGCAAGCUGAAGCAGACGCUUACACGGCUGAAAAGGCUACCUACGAACGACGCCUCAAGCAGCAGCGUGAUGAAAAGGAAGAAAUUGCAGGUCUUCGCGAAAUGGUAGCAAGUGUUGGCAGCGAGCUUGUGGAAGCUCGUGAUGAAGUGAAGGCACUCAAGAGUAAAGUGGCUACUGCUCAGGAUAGCGCUCAGGUGGACGCUCUUACAAAACAAGUGACGGAGCAAGAGGUCACCAUUGUCAAUUUGAACGCCGAGCUUACACGAUCUGCCAAAGAGCUAGCAAUGGCCGAGAGGUUGUCGUCGGAGCGAUUCAAAGAGCUGACAAGCUCAAAAGAGCUGGCGAGUAAGCGUGCUGCCGAAUUGACAGAUGUCAAACAACAGCUCGCUUCCUUCGCUACUGAUAAGCAAGCCCUGGAAGCGCGCAUCAAAGUCGCAGAGACUCGCGUUAAAGUCUUGGAACGAGGCGAACGGGAUCGCAAGGAUGAGAUUGCUUCGCUGAAAACGUCGCUCAGCAGUCGUGAGCGUGAGCUCAAAGUCAUCCAGACUGCAUUCAAGGAAGAAGAAGCACGUCGGAAAGCGGAGGAGGCGCGUGGUGUUACACUGAAAGCAGAGCUCGUCAAAGUUUCCGGACUUCGAGAUGCCAUGGCCAGUGCGCGCGACGAUGCAGUCAAGCAAGCGACUCAGGCACGACAGGAAUUGGCACAAGGCAACACAAAAGUGCAAGAGAUGCAAGCCUUGCGCAACAAGAUGGCACAGGAGCGGGAUGCAGCGCAAGAGGCCCUAGCACAGCGCGAGCAGCUCUUCGAAGAUGCAGGCCAGCAAGCGAGUUCUUUGCGUGAGCAAACGGCGGAUAUGCAGCAUCGCAUGAGAGAAGCGACUGAGAGACUCGAGGCGUGUGAAGAGGAACUUGCCGAAUCGCAACGGGCCCUAGGCGAGCGAGCACGAGAAGCCUCAACAAUGCGGCGACUCUUGUCGGAAAUGGAAGCUUCCCAGGCGUCUCGGCUUCGUGAGAUGCGUGAGCGAAUGGAGAAGACAAGUGCUGAACGUGACAAGGCAGAAGAUGAAGCUGCGUUCCUGGGAAAGAAGCGGACACGGGAAGUAGAAGCGCUCAAAGAGCAAUUGGCUGACGCUGAGCGGACACGGCGACGAGCCUUGACUGAGAAGGACGAUUUGGUGGCACAAGUUGCUACACUGGAGCGCAACAAACAGGCAGCAGAGCAACUCGCACAGGAACGUGAAACAGACCUCCAAGAGCUGAAGCGGACAAGCAAGUCGCUGUCGACUGCUGUGCAAGAAUCAGAACGACAAUUAUCACUACUAGAGGCUGAGCGACAAACCUACCAACGGCAAGGCAAGGAAAUGCAAACACGUCUGGAAGCGUUGCAGUCGCAACUUCAAGCGAAAGAGGACUUGGUUGGUCGAUUGAACCGCGAGCGUGGCGAUUGGGCAGAUGCCAUGUCGCCUCUUGCUCGGCGUGGCAACAACAGUCGCGACCACUCAUUUUCUAUGCCACCCAUGUCGCCUGGCUCACCAAUGCGCAGUCCGUCGUUGCACAGUGUACAAUUGUCUGAUCGACCCAAGGAGAAGGCCGAGGUGGACCGUGAGUACAUCAAGAAUGUGCUCUUUCAGUUUUUGGAGCAUAAGGAGAGACGGGCUAUGCUGGUGCCGGUGAUUAGCAGGCUUCUUUUGCUUACGAAGCAGCAAGAGAGCAUGUUUGUGAGUGGAUUUCGGUAG